AUGAUGUUCACCAAGUCUCUCGGCCUUGCUGCCCUCUUCUCCACCAUCGCCUCUGCCCUUCCCCAGGACAUGAUGGUCCGCCGCUCUGGCAUGGUCCAGCGUGACGGCGGCGGUAGCGUCAAGAUCACCAACAACCUCCAGCAGGAUGUCUACGCCUGGUCCGUGACCGACAGCGUCGGCCCCAUGGAGACCAUCAAGAGCGGAGGUGGCAUCUACUCCGAGAACUGGAAGACCAACCCCAACGGCGGUGGUAUCUCCAUCAAGCUCGCUCUCGACCAGGAGCAGCACGACGUCCUCCAGUUCGAGUACACCCAGUCCGGUGACACCAUCUUCUGGGACCUGUCUUGCAUCGACAUGGAGUCCGGCAACAAGUUCACCGACAUGGGCUUUGCCGUCCAGCCUUCUGAUGAGACUUCCUCUUGCCCCAAGGCUAUCUGCACGGCUGGUGACAAGGCUUGCUCCGCUGCCUACCUCCAGCCUACUGAUGACCACGCCACUCACGGCUGCCCCAUCAACACUGCUCUUGACCUGAGCAUCGGUGCUUAA